ACUCCUGAACGGGCAGUCCUUCCCCGAUCGUCGUAUCUCCAUGGUCGGUGCUCUCGUGUAAAUAAAUUGUGUGCUCCUAUCUCGAUACGGGUUGUCUCGUCGCGAACUUCGUCUCAGCUUCGCGUUCAGCUCCGCCGUGUACUCUCCGACACACGGAGAGCAUUAUUCGGCAGUGUCGCGACGUGUAUUUUUUAUCACGACGUUCGGGUAGAUCUCCGAAUUUGGGCCUCGAUAGUGAAUUUUAUUACACUGAUUUAAUAAUAAACGUUUCAGAGCCGUGAGACAUGCAACACGAAAAGAUAUCGUCGUGGGCAUGGUUGUCCUUAUUCUUGUUAACUAUUUUUCACCCGCCGGCUCAGGGAACCGCGGAAACUAUGAGGCAGAUGUUCCCAGCGUACGCGCUUAUGGAGAACAUCGAUCUUGUGAAUUCGAGCAGAUGCCGGGCAGAGAUGGAAGAAUUUCGCAACGGAGUGGAUAACAAGAUACUUUGGAGUCUGAGAGUGUUGGACAGCAACGGAAUGCCGUCGUCGGGAUUCGUCAACGGGAACAAUUUUUGGAUCGGAGAUCGCCAAAAUUGCAAGCUCCUCUCUGAGAAUCACACUCUGCUGUUCUCGGAAGAUGUACGAAAGAACAACUCGAUAUACCGAAAUCCGAAGGAGGAGUUUCCACCUUUCAAGGUGCAUUUCUUCGCUGCUCGUAUACGGCACAACAGUACUCUCCAGUAUCAUACGGAAGUUAUGAUGAACGAGAACUUGAUCACACUCGGAUUUUGUCUGCCGGCGUCCUGCACUAACCACGAUAUAGCCACGAUGCUGGAGAAAGUGUUGAACGAGAGGAAACUUUUGAUCGGAGAGCUUUUUUCCGCGAAUUUCGAGAUAAUUGAAAUCACCGAUUUGGUGGAUGAUCAUCAAUGGCUUUUCUCUGCGAAGAUAAUCUUCAUCGUGGGAUUUUUGGUACUGUUUUGCGGUCUUGUGGCAGUGGCCACGGUGUACGACGUUCUCAUUCAUAAAAAACGCACGAAGAACAAGAAGGAAAUCUUCAACUUUGAAAAUAACAACACGAACAGUAAACCCCGAGAUACGAGCGCCGAUGAACUGAAGAACGAGAUAGAAGAGAAAUGCGAGACCGACCAAGAAGACUCAGUAUCCCCGAAAUCGAAGUCGCCGAGCAACGUCAUGGAGUACGUUCUCUGUUUUUCGUUCGUCACGAACACACGGCAAAUAUUUAAAGCGGAAGAAAGCGCAGACAAUGUGCGUAUAUUCCACAGUAUGAAAGUGUUGGGAAAUCUAUGGAUUAUUCUGUGCCACAUAAUCUUCUACACGACUCACAUCACAGCGAAUAAGACGAUCGCUUACGCAUUAAGCGACACUCUAGCGGCACAAAUUCUGGCCAACGGGACGCUCUCCGUAGACACGUAUUUCUUUAUAAGCGGUUUCCUAUUGACGUACAUAUUUUUUAAGGGGCAAUCGAAAGAUAAGAAAGUCCCGUCUCUACCAGUAAGGAUAAAACAAUAUAUCGAACUGUUCGUCAAACGAUACAUCAGGCUCACGCCCGCGUAUUUCGUUGUUAUAUUGUUGGCGAUAUUCUAUUUCACAUGGAAGGAUCAAACCUCGAUAAUUCUUCCCGUGGAACGAGUGAACGUUGUAUGCUCGAAAUAUUGGUGGACCAAUAUGCUUUAUAUCAAUAACUUGUACCACUGGAACGAUAUAUGUCUCAGCUGGAGUUGGUACCUGCCCAAUGACAUGCAGUAUUUCUUGUUCGGCAGUUUUCUCCUCCUUUUAUCGGACACGCAUUGCAAUACCGCCGUAAGCUUAGGCGUCGUUACGUUAUUUUCAUCGUUGGGAUCAAUCCUUUACUUCUCGUACACUUUGAACUUUGUACCUACGCUGGACAAACAAUACAGUACGCUGACAGAUCUUUACAUACGACCGUGGGUUAGGAUAGUACCAUAUCUCGUAGGAAUGGCCAUAAGUUACCUUCUCAUAAAGUGGAAUUACAAGUUACAUUUAUCAAAAAAAAGUUUAAUCGUUGGUUGGGCCUUGUCGAUUUUGUGUAAUUGUUCGAUUCUAUUCGGGCUUACGGACAAGAAUAUACCUUUCAGUCUGUCCAUAAUUUAUUCAACUUUAAGCAGAACAGGCUGGUCUCUUGGCAUUGCGUGGCUCGUAGUUGCAUGCUGCACGAAUCACGGCGGUAUUAUAUGCAAAUUCCUAAGCUCAGAUUUUUUCGUUCCUCUGAGUAGAUUAACGUAUUGCGCUUAUCUCGUGAACCCUUUUGUGAUAUUAGGAAUUUGUGCGUCACGUAGUUUUCCUGAUUAUAUUGAUUAUUACAAUAUAGCUGCUUUCUUUCUAACAGUGAGUGUUAUAUCUUACAUAAUUGCUUUCUUAAUAUCCGUAACGACAGAAGUGCCAUUUAUAAAACUUCUCCGAUUAUACAAUAACCGGCAGAAAAGAAUGAAAUGAGUGAUAAGUAUCUCUAAGUCUUUUAAUUAAUAAAUCAGCGAAAAAAGAAAAUCACUUUUUCGUGUGCAUUCAAAAUUUUCGAGAUAUUCCAUUUUACUACGAUUCCAUUUUUCUUCGAUUUAUUGUUUAACGAAAACAAUAGCAUUCAUGAUUUUAUUUAAUAUUUCAUAAUACCUGGGAAUGAGGAUCAAGCUAUAAAAUCAUUUGCGCAGAAAUUGUAAACGUUCUUUUUUUCUUUAUCAACGAGCAUUUUGUACAUAACGAAAUGGUUCGCACGACGAAAGAAGAAGCUUAUAUACAAAUAACUACAAAUCACUAAAAGAUGAUAACAAAUCUUUGCCGUGCUAUGAGUGAACUGGGGAAUGUAGCCUAGGAGGUGCCGGCGAUGUCAUGGAUCGACUUGCGCGACUGGCCUGUUCACGGCGACCUUCCUCCAGUUGUUUCUCGAGUUGCUCCUUCAAGACUAGCAAUUCUCUUGUUCGUUGAUAAACAGGAUCCUUAGAAAGCACAGUAAAAAAAAAAAUGCUUAAACGAUAAUUGAAAUUUCUAUGUAAAUUAAGCUAGAGCAUUUUGUAUACCUGCUGUCGCAUACUGGGAUUCCAUCUACAAUACAAACUUUUCCACGGUUUAAUGUAUCUCAUGCUAGCGAUUGGCAUUAGAACAAGCUGAUAAUUGGGAGCAGCCCAGUACAAAGGAUUUUGAUACAACGAUAACUGGCUAUUCGUGUACGACCAUAACGAAACAGUUUUGUGUUUCACUUGUUCUUGGACUCUUUCGCGUUCGCUGUAGACGUAUUUAUAGACAAUGAUUAUGAUAGACAUAUAAUCUACCGAAGAUGUUUAACAUACCUGCUGAAUAGAAAUGUGCCAAAUCUACAAGAGUAUAAAUGAUCAAGUAUAGUGAUUAGAAAGUGUUCGUUAAACUCGAAUGCAUUGGGAAACUGACGACUUAUUUGCCACACACAAUCCAUGAACUGCAAAAAUACUGGAGAUCUAUCCGCAUCGCUGUGAUGCUCAUCUCCAUGACCGAUUCUCUAAAAUAUAAUUAUUAAAAUUACAACGCUUUGAUUCGUAAUACCCAAUUUGGCCGCAUAUCAUUGCAUACCUGCUGAAACUUAUGACCAAAACUAAGCCAUUCUUUUUCUAUAAGCACUUCAAAACCUUUGAUGGUUCUGUAAUACGGAUCUAACAUUAACAUGGCAAGAGCUGUGAGCUGUAAACAGUUAUGAAUAUUAAAAGUACAUUAUGAUUAAAA